AUGGCUUCUCUUGAGGGCAAAGUUAUCGCUAUCACUGGCGCUGGCACAGGCAUUGGCCGAGCCACCGCCCAGGUUCUUGCAUCCCGAGGCGCUAUAGUUUCUAUCGCCGACCUGAAUAAGGAAGCUCUUGAUGAAACACUCGCUUCACUCCAGCCAAGCAAGGACUCAACUCGCAGCCACUUUGCUACGUAUCUUAACGUGACUUCCUCGCCAGCGGUUAACGAAUGGAUCAAAGACACAGUACAGAAGCUAGGUCCUUUGUCGGGCGCGGCCGAUGUGGCGGGAGUGAGUAAAGGUUUAAAGCCACUCCGCGACUCCUUUGAUGGAGACUGGGACUUUACUAUAGAUGUAAAUGGCAAGGGCGUCUUCUAUAGCCUUCGCGCACAGCUUGCAUUCAGCGGGCUAGUAGAUAGUGGCUCUAUAGUUAAUGUCGCUAGCGUAGUAGGUCUACGCAGCCUACUAAAUACAGCCUGUUAUAUCGCUAGUAAGUAUGUAGUGGUAGGCUAA